AUGCUCGGGGGCUACCGUCUCUAUGCAUUGUCUUAUGUUGUGUGGCCUGAGAGUUCACUCUUAACCGCGGCAAAAAACGGACGAUAUUUCUCACUGGGCGUUACCCAAAUUGAUGAAUCCGAGCGCGGCGUUUGCCUUAAUAUUCGAGCAUCAAGGUCGCACGCGGGAUGUGCUUGCGGCCCAAUCAAUCCUUGCCUUCCUGAAAAAUGCUCUUGUAUAAAGAAUGGCGUUCAAUGUCAGGUAGAUCGUGCUUGCUUCCCCUGUUCUUGCUCGUCAGAGAGCUGUUGCAAUCCACAUGGUCGAACAGAAUUCCCCCAGGAGGAAGUGCGAGCUUACGUUCUUUCGGUGCUACGGCGAUCUCAAAACAAAUUCAAUGACAAUUCCGAUGUAUCGCCUGAUGAUUCCAGUUGUCCGAGAACUGAGAAUAUUGCACCAAGUUCCGCAAGCAACCUGUGCACAACACAUAAUAGCUGUUGUCAACGGCAAGAGAUGAACGCACACUUUUUAACACCCGUCACACGCUGUACUUCUAUUCCAAGUUUUCAUGACCAGGAGGAAUGCGCGCAGUUUGAAACUGUCUCCUACUCCCUCAGCAAUGAUACAGCAUCGUCUAGUGCCAUAACCGUGGAGGCAAAUUGCAAUUGGACACAGAGUGAUCUACAGUGCGCUUUGCUGGGUUCCGUUUAGACUUGUAGCGGCCCUGUGAGUUUAAUGCAUAUUCCCCCGUGCCAAUGCCUUAUCAAUUCGUUCCAAGGUCACUACGUUCGCUCGAUGUGACCUCGUGUGUAUUACAGGCACAGUACCUGUCAAGCUCUCAGCUCCUGCAGUGGAAGGAAUUUUCAACUCAAGGCCUGUUCCUUCGGAAAUUAUUACUAUUUCUUAAUGUACUUUUUCGAAUAAGAUCGUUCCGCUGGCACAGCUCUCAAGUGACCUUGUAACUGUGUUUCUGUUUCAAAUCCUUUGUAACUUUUUGCGACGAUGUAUAUAUAUAUAUAUAUAUAUAUAUAUAUAUAUAUAUAUGCGCGAACAAUAACAGCACACAUUUCACUUCAGACCAAUGACACACUCCGAUUGAAUAUGGUGACGCACACACUUUUAGUCGGCCAAUACACAUGUGACCAGAUAUUCACUGCGUUUUAGCUUCACCACCCUCGUGUUC